CCUUCCGGUACCCUCGUCCCUGGACGUACACCCAAAAAGGAUCCCUUUGAGGGUGAAUAGGUUGAGAAAUGGGUAGAAGGGGUCCGGCCACUAGUUGAUCUUCUCUUCCACGCCUGGCUUUGUUUUCGGUGCGUUUUCUUUUUCAUGUUUCGCUUGUUACAACAACUUCACAUAAAUAAUUCGCCUAGGAGCGUCAUAUCAGCAUGUAUCGAGGAUGCUGCGAAAUUCGAAAACAAGCUGAUAAUGUUGAAGAUUGAACACAUGGCUUCUCAUGCUCUUGUGCCUAUCUACGUGCCUCAAUUAUAUUUCAACUCUGCUCAAGAUCUCAUCUAUGCACUCGCCCAUGAACGGUUCUUUGUCAUUGGCCUGACGGCUGACCGCCAAUACUGGGAGGUUGCUGCCCCACCGGAGUCACUGCAAAUUCUCCUUCUCAAGAACGUCCAUUUUGAGAUGAAUCUGCAAUACGAGCUUUUCGUACCUCAUCCUGCCGACAGUCUAGAGCUGGGUCAUGACAGAGCAGUGAUGCUGGCCCGAGCUCGUUUUAUCCGCGGGACUUUCCAGAGUGUUGCCACCGAACAGGUUCCCGCGCUUACAUCGUUUCUUGAAAGACGUUCACAAUGCUUAGCCACGCCGAUGAAGUGGGCAAUGCUAGCAUACCGUCUCUGGGUAAGGACACCAAAGCCGAAAGCACACUCCUUUGAGCCGGCUCAUCCUGGCUGUGAGCAGGGAUCCUCACUUGACACCCGCUGCCGCUUCUAUGGAGUCCUCGCGUUAUGCAGGAAACUGCUCGAUAGUAGCAUGAUCGCCAUACCGAUUCUUGAAAAGAACGUCUAUCUGUCGCUCCAGAACAGAGCUCUUGUUCCAUUAUAUGAGGACCUUAGUGAGCUUCAUUGUUGCUCCCUUCUCCAUAUAAUUCUGGAGUCUGUGGGCGGCGCCAACUUGGAUCAAGCAUCGUUCAACCAUUUCGACUCAGCCGUUCCUUAUCCCAUGAACUUGCUACUAUGCGGUACCGUCCAAGAACAUCUAGACCUUGGCGGAAUAGACGUUGCUACUGCAGCUAUCGAGGCUUCGUACGAUAUACCAGGCGUCGAGGACCUGAGAUACCUUCAUAUUUUACCAUUAAGAAUCCUAGAAGGAUUGCCUGGCUCUUUGAUAUCGCAAAUGAGCCCCCGUGACACCACCAUACUGAUACCCUAUCUGGAACAAACAAGCUCAUGCUCCAAUAAGCCGAACCAGACCGACGACGUUGCGGGCCUAUCAGCUGGGCUAGUGGUGGAGGGAGUUGGCUGCAGGCUUAGAUCCGGGUUUUGCACGUGGUUGAGAUCCCCAGAUGGAACCGCGUUCCGCGAGAAGCUUCACCUGAAUUUGCGCGGUCCACAAACUGGUUUGCAAUUCUUCUGGAGUUUCUUUGCACUGCUCGGUGUGGCCCGACAUCUUGAUCCUGUCGCUGUGGAGGAUCAUACUAAUGAGGUAAUGCUUACCGCUUUUGAGGAUAUCAUGACUGAUGGCAGCGCUGAUACACGACUCUCGUUGCUGGAGAAGAUGAUCCAUCCUAUGAGAUUGGCGCUUCGACGACUUCCCAAUCAGGAGCUUUUGGUCUCACACUGGACAUACCUGGAGAAGACUCAGACAUGGACUCUUGGAAAGUCCAGCCCAAACUCCCUGAUAACACAGUAUUUUCUUCAGAGAAUGCACUCAUUGUUCGAAUCAGACGUCGAGAUUUCCCAUGCGGAAGCAGUGCGUAGCGCUGGAUACAAAAUGAGUACGGUGAAUGAUCUUCUUAGAAGUAUCACAUCAUAGUCAGAGAUAGUCAAUAGAGCAAAGCUGGUAGCUGUACACCUCCACGCAGGUGCUAGUGGAUAUUGUGGCUCAUGGUCUUGCUGAUCGUACAUGUUGCCGAUGACUAAGCGGAUAUGACUCCGUAG